AUGCGAUGGUUGUUGGUUGUACGAGUAUGGCUUGUGAACGGGUUCACAUGCCAAUGAGUGUGCUAGUGUUGAGAGAGUGUGUGUGUGUGUGUGUGUAGCAGUUAAGACAGGCUUGUUGUCUUUUUGGCAUUUUUGUCUAUAUUCAGUUUUAAAGUUGCCCAUACCACUUUGAGACCACGAAAGACCACUAAUACCAUCAUUCGCAGCAGUAACAACAGCAAGUGAUUGAGUUAGUGGUAGAGGUGUUGCUCCCAAGAUUUCUUAAGCCAGUUUCAGUGAGUGUUUGGCCUUCGUGUGGUACGGUACAGUAAACGGAUAUUAAGGAAACUAAAACGAAUUGAAAAAAAAAACAAACACAGAAACAUAACUGAAAGAUAUUUAAUAAGCUUAACUAACGUUGUUCUUGUUUAAGUGAGAGAGUGUAUUGUUGUUGUUGUUACUAUUCAGCUUCCACUACUUUACCAGAGCAGCAGCCACACCAUCAUCAUCAAAAAAGAAAAGUUUAUCUUAAAAUUAGUAUUUAAACCGAAUUGCAAAUUGUAAACGAUAAUCAAAGAAAAACAGAAAAUAGGUUUCGUUCAACAUAUUUGAGGCGCUGCGAUCAUGGGGAGCUUGACGGCGGCCAGUUUAUCAUGGCUGUCCGCUUUCAUAUGUUUGUUGUUGUUAAGCUGUAGCCGUUUACAAGUAAAAGCGGCUGACGAUGUCUUUUCAUGCCCAAAUGGCUGGGAAUUACGUGGUCUUCAUUGUUACAAAUAUUUCAAUAUCAAACAUUCAUGGGAGAAAAGUGCCGAACUCUGCCGAAGAUAUGGUGCUGAAUUAGUGGCCAUAGACACAUAUGCCGAGAACAAUAAUACUUUGUCCAUUGCCCGCCUCAAUGACCCCAAUCAUAGGGCUUCGGACAAAUAUUGGCUGGGUUUGGCUUCUCUGGAUGAAUUACGCACCAAUACCUUGGAAUCUGCCUCGGGAGCUCUGAUAUCUCAAUACUCAGGAUUUUGGUCUUUACAUCAACCGGAUCCUCGUUCGGGAGAAUGUGUGGCAGCCACCUUCACCUCUGUCAUACAAUCCUGGAAUUUGGGUACCUGUGAAAGUCUUUUGCCUUUUAUGUGUCGCUCGGCAGCUUGUCCCCAAAACUCCAUACACUGUGCCAAUGGCAGAUGUGUGAAUCAAAGUUUCAAAUGCGAUGGCUCCGAUGAUUGUGGUGAUGGUUCAGAUGAAUUGGAUUGUCCUGCACAAUGUCAUUAUCACAUGCAGUCGGGUGGAGAUGUCAUAGAGAGUCCCAAUUAUCCCCACAAAUAUGGAGCACUGUCCAAAUGCAAAUGGACUUUGGAAGGUCCUUUGGGCAGCAACAUUAUUUUGCAAUUCCAAGAUUUUGAAACGGAGAAAACUUUUGAUACAGUACAGGUGCUGGUGGGAGGACGCACUGAAGAGAAAUCUGUCUCCUUGGCCACACUGAGUGGCAAACAGGAUUUGACCACUCAGCCUUUGGUUUCGGCUUCGAAUUUCAUGAUUGUCAAAUUCACCACGGAUGGUAGUGUGGAGCGCAAAGGUUUCAGGGCCACUUGGAAAACUGAAUCCAAGGUUUGUGGAGGCACGUUGAAGGCCACUCUACAACGUCAAACCUUGACCAGUCCCAAUUACCCCAAACAAUAUCCGGGUGGUCUGGAAUGUUUGUACAUCAUUAAGGCCCAGCCAGGACGCAUUAUUUCCAUAGAGGUUGAUGAUUUGGAUAUAAGCGAGGGACGCGAUUACAUGCUGAUACGUGAUGGUGAAUCCCCCAUGAGCCGUCCCAUUGCCAAGUUAACUGGCUCCACUGGCAACAAUGAGAAGGUCAUCAUCUCUACGGGCAAUACUUUGUAUUUGUAUUUCAAAUCUAGUUUGGGAGAUUCCGGCAAAGGCUUCAGUUUGCGUUAUAUUCAAGGCUGCAAGGCCACCAUUACCGCUCGCAAUGGCACCGUGACCUCGCCAGCCUUUGGUUUGGCCGAUUAUCCCAAAAAUCAGGAAUGCUAUUUCACCAUACGCAACAGCAUGGGUUCUCCAUUGUCUUUGAAAUUUGUGAAAUUCUUGGUGCACAACAGUGAUAAUGUGCAGGUUUAUGAUGGAUCCUCUACCUCGGGAUUGCGUUUGCAUUCGGGAGAUGGUUUUACCGGCAAUGCAGUGCCCAAGCUGACUUUGACUGCCUCCUCGGGAGAGAUGUUGAUUAAAUUCACCUCGGAUGCUUUACACAAUGCAGCAGGUUGGUCUGCCACUUUCUCUGCGGAUUGUCCAGAACUACAGCCGGGCAUAGGGGCCUUGGCUUCCAGCCGUGAUACCGCCUUUGGCACAGUGGUUACCUUUACCUGCCCCAUUGGCCAGGAAUUUGCCACAGGCAAGAGUAAAAUCAUAACAGAAUGUUUGAAGGGAGGCAAUUGGAGUGUCUCCUACAUACCCAAAUGUCAAGAGGUGUAUUGCGGUCCUGUACCCCAAAUAGACAACGGCUUCUCCAUAGGCUCUUCGAAUGUCACCUAUCGCGGAGUGGCCAUGUAUCAAUGCUAUGCUGGUUUUACCUUCAGCUCUAGUCUACCCAUUGAGAAGAUCUCCUGCUUGCCCGAUGGUCGUUGGGAGCGCAAACCCACCUGCAUGGCCUCUCAGUGUGCUCCCUUGCCUGAAGUGCCCCAUGCCAAUAUAACUCUGCUGAAUGGUGGUGGCCGCAGCUAUGGCACCAUUGUCCAAUACGAAUGUGAGUCCGGCUAUGAACGCACUGGCCAUCCCGUCUUGACCUGCAUGUCCAAUGGCACCUGGAGUGGAGAAGUGCCGCGCUGCACCCGCAAACGUUGCUUUGAGUUUCCCAAAAUUGAAAAUGGCUUUGUGGUGGAUGCUGAUCGCCCCUAUUACUAUGCCGAUGAUGCUCGUGUGCAAUGCUUCAAGGGCUACAAGCUGAUAGGCAGCAACAUCAUACGCUGCAAUAGUGAGCAGGUCUUUGAAAAUCCUCCCACCUGUGAGGAUAUCAAUGAAUGUACCUCCACCCAAUGUGAUUUGGCCACCACGGAGUGUAUUAACACCGCCGGCUCCUUCCAUUGUCAGUGUCGCCAAGGAUUUACCGCCACCGCCGAAUGUCGUCCUGUGGGCGAUUUGGGUCUCAGCAAUGGUGGCAUACCCGAUGAGAGUAUAACCACUUCGGCCAGUGAGGAGGGAUUCUCCAAGGGCAUGGUUCGUCUUACAACCGGCGGUUGGUGUGGUGCUUCCGCGGAGCCAGGAGCAAAUUGGAUUUUAAUUGACUUGAAGGCCCCCACCAUACUGAGGGGCUUCCGCACCAUGUCUGUCCAACGUUUCGAUGGCAACAUAGCCUUUACCUCUGCCGUUAGAUUGCAAUACACCGAUGAUCUUACCGAUGUCUUUAAGGAUUACACCAACCCCGAUGGCACUGCUGUGGAGUUUAGAAUUCUAGAGCCCACCCUGUCCAUUCUUAAUCUGCCCAUGCCCAUUGAGGCUCGUUAUGUUCGCUUCCGCAUUCAGGAUUAUGUGGGUGCUCCUUGCAUACGCAUGGAGGCCAUGGGCUGUACCCGUUUGGAUUGUGUGGACAUUAAUGAGUGUGCCAAGAAUAAUGGAGGCUGCGACCAGAAGUGUGUCAACUCACCGGGCAGUUACUCAUGCUCCUGUAAUACCGGCUAUCAGCUGUACACCGCCAAUGGCACGGCUGGCUUCCAUGUGGAAAAGACAGAGACUGGUGAAAGAGAUGGAGAUACCUAUCAACGCAAUAAGACCUGUGUGCCCUUGAUGUGUCCCCCCUUGGUGGAGCCUGAGAAUGGCAAGCUGCUGACCGAUAAGGACGAUCAUCACUUUGGAGAUAUCAUACGCUUCCAAUGUAAUUUCGGUUAUAUAAUGUCGGGAAGCUCCUCAUUGCUGUGCUUGUCCAGUGGCCAAUGGAAUGGCACGGUGCCCGAGUGUAAUUAUGCCAAAUGUGUCUCACUGCCUGAUGAUAAAAUGGAAGGUCUCUCAGUCUUAAGACCUGAUCCCGAAUCUGUUUUGGUUCCCUUCCGCGAAAAUGUUUCUAUAACCUGCAAUGCUCCUGGACGUCAAUUGAGAUCUACUGCCUCCUCGGGCUUCCGUCAGUGUGUCUAUGAUCCCAAGCCUGGUCUGCCCGAUUACUGGUUGUCUGGCUCUCAACCUUCCUGUCCACGCGUGGAUUGUUAUGAACCCAUGCCCACUCCCGGUGCUGAAUAUGGCCAAUAUGUGGAUACCCGUUAUCAGAGCAACUUCUUCUUUGGCUGUCAAAACACCUUCAAGCUGGCCGGUCAAACCUCUCACCAUGACAAUGUGGUGCGUUGUCAAAACGAUGGCAUCUGGGACUUUGGUGAUUUGCGUUGCGAAGGUCCUGUCUGUGAUGAUCCUGGACGUCCCAGUGAUGGCCGUCAAAUUGCCAAGAGUUAUGAGCAAGGCUCUGAGGUCUACUUUGGCUGCAAUCGUCCCGGCUAUAUUUUGAUAAAUCCACGACCCAUCACCUGCAUGCGAGAACCCGAGUGCAAGGUCAUCAAGCCCCUGGGUCUUACCUCCGGCCGCAUACCCGAUUCCGCCAUUAAUGCCACCUCCGAGCGCCCCAACUAUGAGGCCAAGAAUAUACGCCUGAACUCGGCCACCGGCUGGUGUGGCAAGCAGGAGGCCUUCACCUAUGUCAGCGUGGAUUUGGGUCAAAUCUAUCGUGUCAAAGCCAUUCUAGUCAAGGGAGUGGUGACCAAUGACAUUGUGGGCCGUCCCACCGAGAUUCGUUUCUUCUACAAACAGGCCGAGAACGAGAACUAUGUGGUCUAUUUCCCCAACUUCAAUUUGACCAUGAGAGAUCCCGGCAACUAUGGAGAGCUGGCCAUGAUUACCCUGCCCAAGUAUGUGCAGGCACGCUUUGUCAUCUUGGGUAUUGUCAGCUACAUGGACAAUGCAUGUCUGAAAUUCGAGCUAAUGGGUUGUGAGGAACCCAAAAAGGAACCUCUGCUAGGCUAUGACUAUGGCUAUUCACCUUGUGUGGAUAAUGAGCCUCCCAUAUUCCAGAAUUGCCCUCAGCAGCCCAUCAUUGUGAAGCGGGAUGAGGUGGGAGCCAUUUUGCCUGUUAACUUUACCGAACCCACUGCGGUGGACAACUCAGGCUCCAUUGCGCGUUUGGAGGUCAAGCCCCAGAACUUCAAGACCCCUUCGUAUAUCUUCCGCGAUACUGUGGUGAAAUAUGUGGCCUUUGAUUAUGAUGGCAAUGUGGCCAUUUGCGAGAUAAACAUCACCGUGCCCGAUGUCACCCCUCCCUUGUUGCAGUGUCCCCAGAGUUAUGUCAUCGAAUUGGCGGAUCGCCAAGAUCGCUAUACCGUAAACUUCAAUGAUACCCGCAAUCGCAUCAAGACCUCCGAUGAGUCCGGAGAGGUACGCCUUAGCUUUAGCCCCGAAAGUGCCAUUAUACCCAUAAGAGGCUUUGAAAAUGUCACCGUUACGGCCACCGAUAAAUUUGGCAAUCGAGCCUAUUGCAACUAUCAGGUCUCCAUACAAGCCUCGCCCUGUGUGGACUGGGAACUGCAACCUCCGGCCAAUGGCAACAUCAACUGCUUGCCUGGUGACCGUGGCAUCGAGUGUAUAGCCACCUGUAAGCCGGGAUUCCGUUUCACCGAUGGCGAGCCCAUCAAGAGCUUCUCUUGCGAGACCUCGCGUUUGUGGAAGCCCACCUCGGUGGUGCCCGAUUGUGUUUCGGAGAAUACCGAACAGGCGGAUUAUCAGGUAACCGCCACCAUCACCUAUCGUGCCAAUGGAGCUGUGGCCCAAUCUUGUUUGGGCAAAUACCAGGACGCCUUGUCGCAACACUAUGCUGGCCUCAAUCAGCUGCUGUCUCAACGUUGCUCUGCCGUUAAUGUCAACAUGAAUGUCACCUUCCUGAAAUCGGUGCCCAGUCUGCAGGAGGAGAAUGUGGUGAAGAUGGACUUCAUUUUAUCGAUUUUGCCAGCCAUACGUCAACCCCAACUCUAUGAACUUUGUGGCUCAACCAUGAAUCUGAUCUUUGAUCUGAGUGUGCCCUAUGCCAGUGCUGUCAUAGACUCUCUGCUGAAUAUCUCCAAUAUUGGCAAUCAAUGUCCUCCUUUGAGAGCAUUGAACAGCAACAUUUCCCGAGGUUUUACCUGCAGUGUGGGAGAGGUGCUGAAUAUGGAUACCAGUGAUGUGCCUCGCUGUUUGCAUUGCCCGGCCGGUACCUAUGUGGCCACAGGGCAAAAUGUCUGCACCAAUUGUCCCAGAGGCUAUUACCAGAAUCGUGAUCGCCAGGGCACCUGCAUGCGUUGCCCCGCCGGCACCUACACCAAGGAAGAAGGCACCAAGUCUUUGAAUGAUUGCAUCCCCGUCUGUGGUUAUGGCACCUACUCUCCCACCGGUUUGGUACCCUGUUUGGAAUGUCCCCGCAACUCGUACACCAGUGACCCACCCACAGGAGGCUUCAAGGAUUGUCAGGCCUGUCCUCAGAAUACCUUCACCUUCCAACCUGCCGCCUCCACUAAGAGUCUGUGUCGCCAGAAAUGUGCCCCGGGAACCUAUUCCACCACCGGUUUGGCUCCUUGCUCUCCCUGUCCCAUGAAUUUCUACCAGAGCAACAUUGGUGCUCAAACCUGCAAUGAAUGUGCCACCAAUAUGCGCACCGACGCCCCCGGAGCCAAGGGUCGUGAAGAAUGUAAACCAGUGGUGUGUGGUGAGGGAGCCUGUCAACAUGGAGGCCUUUGUGUGCCCAUGGGUCAUGGCAUUCAGUGUUUCUGCCCUGCUGGUUUCUCAGGAAAUCGUUGUGAAAUCGACAUCGAUGAAUGUGCUUCGCAGCCCUGUUACAAUGGCGGCUCUUGUGUGGACUCACCCCAAGGCUAUCGCUGUGAGUGUCCCCCUGGUUACUCGGGUAUCAAUUGUCAAGAGGAGGCCAGUGAUUGUCGCGAGGAUACCUGCCCCACCCGAGCCAUGUGCAAAAAUGAACCCGGCUACAAGAACUACACCUGCCUGUGUCGCAGUGGCUAUACAGGAGAGAAUUGUGAUGUGACCAUUGAUCCCUGCACCGCCAAUGGCAAUCCCUGCUCCAAUGGUGCCAACUGCCGUGCUCUACAACAGGGACGUUACAAGUGCGAAUGUCUGCCUGGUUGGGAGGGCUUCAACUGUGAGAUCAACAUAGACGAUUGUGCCGAGAAUCCUUGCCUGUUGGGCUCCAACUGCACCGAUUUGGUGAAUGACUUCCAGUGUGCCUGCCCCCCAGGCUUCACCGGCAAACGUUGUGAGGAAAAAAUUGAUCUCUGCCUCUCGGAACCCUGCAAGCAUGGCACCUGCAUUGAUCGUCUCUUUGAGCAUGAGUGUGUCUGCCAUCCCGGCUGGACUGGUCCUGCGUGUGACAUCAACAUCGACGAUUGUGAGGAUCGUCCUUGUGCCAAUGAUGGCGUCUGCAUAGAUUUGGUCAAUGGCUACAGCUGUACCUGCGAACCCGGUUACACGGGUAAGAACUGCCAACAUACCAUCGAUGAUUGUGAAUCGAAUCCCUGCCAGAAUGGAGCCACUUGUGUUGACCAAUUGGAUGGCUUUACCUGCAAGUGCCGCCCUGGCUUUGUGGGCUUGAGUUGUGAGGCCGAAAUUGAUGAGUGCCUUAGCGAUCCCUGCAAUCCUGUGGGCACCGAACGCUGCCUAGAUUUGGAUAAUAAAUUCAAGUGUGCCUGUCGCGAUGGCUUCACCGGAGAAUUGUGCGAGACCGACAUAGAUGACUGUGAAAGCAAUCCCUGCCUGAAUGACGGCAAGUGUACCGAUCGUGUGGGUGGCUUUGACUGCGAAUGUGAAAAUGGCUGGAAUGGCUUGCACUGCGAGAAUCAAAUUACCACCUGUGAUACGCAAUCACCCUGCCAGAAUGAUGCCAAUUGCAUAGAUCUCUUCCAGGAUUACUUCUGUGUCUGUCCCAGUGGCACUGAUGGCAAGAAUUGUGAAACGGCUCCAGAACGUUGCAUAGGCAACCCUUGCAUGCAUGGCGGCAAAUGUCAAGACUUUGGCUCUGGCCUUAACUGCACCUGUCCCAUGGAUUACGCCGGCAUAGGCUGUCAAUAUGAAUUCGAUGCCUGUGAAGCCAAUCUCUGCCAGAAUGGAGCCACCUGCAUAGAUGUGGGCGAGGGCUAUACCUGUGUUUGCCCACAAGGCUUCAGCGGUCGCAAUUGCGCAGAGGAUAUCAUAGACUGCAAGGACAAUUCCUGUCCUCCUGGAGCCACCUGCAUUGAUCUGACCAAUGGCUUCUAUUGCCAGUGUCCCUUCAACAUGACCGGCGAUGACUGCCGCAAGACCAUACAAGUUGAUUAUGAUCUGUACUUCAGCGAUGCCUCUCGCUCCACUGCCGCCCAGGUGGUGCCUUUCUAUACGGGUGAGGCCCACAGCAUGACCAUAGCCAUGUGGGUGCAAUUUGCCCAAAAGGAUGACACCGGCAUCUUCUUCACUUUGUAUGGCGUGGAGUCGCCCAAUAUGGCCAGCAAUCGCCGCCUUAUGCUGCAAGCCCACUCAAGUGGUGUGCAGGUCUCCCUGUUUGCCGAUUACCAAGAUGUGUUUUUGUCCUUUGGAGAAUAUACCUCGGUCAAUGAUGGCCAAUGGCAUCAUGUGGCCAUUGUCUGGGAUGGCAUGAGUGGUCAAUUGCAACUGAUUACCGAAGGCUUGAUUGCCAGCAAGAUUGAAUAUGCCCAAGGCCGCACCCUGCCUCCUUAUUUGUGGUCUGUAUUGGGUCGACCUCAGCCAGAUGAUAGCAAAUAUGCGUUGUCCUAUUCGGAAAGCGGCUUCCAGGGCACCAUGACCAAGGUGCAGCUGUGGGCUCGUGCCUUAGACACCACCUCGGAGAUACAGAAACAAGUGCGCGAUUGUCGCUCGGAACCAGUGCUCUACAAUGGCUUAAUACUCAAUUGGUCUGGCUAUGAGAUAACCAUGGGAGGUGUAGAACGCAAUGUACCCUCGAUGUGUGGUCAACGUAGAUGUCCCAAUGGUUACACAGGACCCAAUUGUCAACAGCUGGAGGUUGACAAAGAGCCACCAGUGGUGGAACAUUGUCCUGGAGAUUUGUGGGUUAUAGCCAAGAACGGCUCAUCGGUGGUAACCUGGGAUGAGCCACAUUUCAGUGAUAAUAUUGGAGUGACCAAGAUAGUGGAACGCAAUGGCCAUAGACCGGGCACCACAUUGCUAUGGGGUUCCUAUGACAUUACCUACAUAGCCUCGGAUGCUGCUGGCAAUACUGCUACCUGCAGUUUUAAGGUUUCUUUGUUAACUGAAUUCUGUCCUCCUUUGGCUGAUCCCAUUGGUGGUGUGCAGGUCUGCAAAGAUUGGGGUACUGGUGGCCAAUUCAAGGUGUGUGAAAUUUCCUGCAACCCUGGCUUGAGAUUCUCCGAAGAAGUGCCAGAAUUCUAUACCUGUGGUGCCGAAGGUUUCUGGCGCCCAUCACCAGAUCCCAGCAUGCCUUUGGUGUAUCCUUCAUGCUCACCUUCCAAAUUGGCUCAACGCGUUUUCCGCAUCAAAAUGCUCUUCCCCUCGGAUGUGCUCUGCAACAAGGCUGGCCAGGGUGUGCUGCGACAAAAGGUUACCAGUUCGGUCAAUUCUCUUAAUCGCGAUUGGAACUUCUGCUCCUAUUCAGUGGAGGGAACCCGAGAGUGCAAGGAUAUACAAAUCGAUGUGAAAUGUGAUCACUAUAGAGGAACUCAAACCAAUAGAGUGCGUCGUCAGGCCAAGGAUGGUGGAGUGUAUGUCUUAGAAGCUGAAAUUCCAGUACUCAACGAUGAAGAGGAUCCAGAUCCAGGAGCACGUCAAGGACGCCAACAGACUGGCGGUGAUACAUACACGCUGGAAAUUUCAUUCCCGGCAGUGAACGAUCCCGUUGUACAUACCUCCUCGGGUGAACGUUCUACGGUCAAGGCCUUGCUGGAAAAACUAAUUUUGGAAGAUGAUCAAUUUGCCGUUCAAGAAAUUCUACCCAACACGGUGCCUGAUCCAGCCUCUCUGGAGUUAGGAUCGGAAUAUGCUUGCCCCGCCGGCCAGGUGGUCAUGAUACCCGACUGUGUACCCUGUGCCAUUGGCACCUACUACAGUACGGCCAACAGCACCUGUGUGCCUUGUGAGCGUGGCACUUAUCAAUCCGAAGCUGGACAAUUGCAAUGUAGCAAGUGCCCCGUUAUUGCGGGACGCCCUGGUGUCACUGCCGGUCCUGGAGCCCGUUCUGCAGCCAGCUGUAAAGAACGUUGUCCGGCUGGCAAAUACUUUGAUUCUGAGACCGGUUUGUGCCGUUCCUGUGGUCAUGGCUUCUUCCAACCCAACGAAGGCUCCUUCAGUUGUGAACUUUGCGGUUUGGGUCAAACCACUCGCAGCUCAGAGGCCACCUCCCGCAAGGAAUGUCGCGAUGAAUGCUCCUCUGGCUUGCAAUUGGGUGUCGAUGGCCGUUGUGAACCCUGUCCCCGUGGCACUUAUCGUUCUCAGGGUGUACAACCCUCUUGUGCUGGUUGUCCUUUGGGUCGCACUACGCCCAAAGUGGGAGCCAAAUCGGUGGAGGAAUGCACCCUGCCUGUCUGCUCGCCCGGCACCUACCUCAAUGGCACCCUCAAUAUGUGCGAAGAAUGCCGCAAGGGCUACUAUCAACCAGAGACUCAACAAACCUCCUGCAUACAAUGUCCUCCCAAUCAUAGCACCAAGAUUACCGGAGCCACCUCCAAAUCUGAAUGUACCAAUCCUUGCGAACAAGUUGCCGAAGGACGACCCCACUGUGAUCCCAAUGCCUAUUGUAUAUUGGUGCCUGAGACUUCUGAUUUCAAGUGUGAAUGCAAGCCCGGUUUCAAUGGCACUGGCAUGGACUGUACGGAUGUCUGCGAUGGUUUCUGCGAGAAUCAAGGCAAUUGUGUAAAGGAUCUCAAGGGCACACCCUCGUGUCGCUGUGUGGGCUCCUUUACAGGACCCAAUUGUGCUGAACAUUCCGAGUUUGCCUACAUUGCUGGUGGCAUUGCUGGCGCUGUUAUCUUUAUCAUAGUCAUUGUGCUGCUGAUAUGGAUGAUUUGUGUGCGUUCGACCAAGAAGCGAGAUCCUAAGAAAAUGUUAUCGCCCGCCAUAGAUCAGACCGGAUCACAGGUGAACUUCUAUUAUGGAGCGCAUACACCAUAUGCUGAAUCAAUAGCACCAUCACAUCACAGUACCUAUGCACAUUACUAUGAUGAUGAAGAGGAUGGCUGGGAGAUGCCAAAUUUCUACAAUGAGACCUACAUGAAGGAUGGUCUCCAUGGAGGUGGUAAAAUGAGCACUUUGGCUAGAUCGAAUGCCUCACUGUAUGGUACCAAGGACGAUUUAUACGAUAGAUUAAAACGACAUGCCUAUACAGGCAAGAAAGAAAAGAGUGAUAGUGAUAGCGAAGUCCAAUAAACAAAACAAAUUGAAGGAAAAACUCAGUAAACACACAACUGCCAAUUGUUAGCAGCGUUAGUAAUAAAAACAAAACACAUAACAAAUUCAACAAAAAAAAAAACGACUAAAACCAACACAAAAUUCUAGAAAUAAAAAAGCAGCAGCAACAGCUCGUCCAACCGCAGAACUAUAAAAUAUUUAUUAUUACGAAACGCUCGACUAAUGUAUCAUACUUUACGCCUAUCCACAUACACACCAACAAAGUGCACUUGCAGGACUUCCCAAGAAGGAAGGCUUUUAAAUGCACUCAUCCAACAUUCCAUGGCAAUCACACAACAUUCUCAUAAAUUGUAAGCGACAUUCGACAACGAUGAGGAAAAGUGAGAGAGAGAGAGAGAUACCACCACCAACCACAACCACCAACACCAUUAUAACCAAACAAAUGACGAAACACACUGAUGAGGACG